UACUGACUGACUGACUGACUGACUUGCUUCGUCUCCAAUUUUUUUUUCCAUAGAGAAAAGCAAAGAUCAUCGGCGUCGCUGAAGAAGAAGAAGAAGAAGAAGAUGGAGUCAUCAUCUAUGUCUCAGACGUUAACUAUUGUUUAUGCUUCUUUCCUCGGAGCUGGUGGGUUGAUUGGUUGCCUGAAAGGCGGAAGCAAAAUAUCACUAGUCGCAGGAGGAGGAUCAGCUGCAUUGUUCUAUUAUGUAUCUACGGAGCUCCCUAGAAAUCCUGUCUUAGCAUCUUCCAUUGGCAUUGUGGGGUCGGUGGCACUGACAGGGAUGAUGGGAUCGCGUUACUUAAGGACGAGGAAAGUGAUCCCGGCUGGAGUUGUGUCGUUGGUGUCACUCGUCAUGACUGGAGCUUACUUGCACGGCCUCAUUCGCUCAAGUUGAAAGCCUCUCUGCCAUCUUCCUUGUGGACCUAUUUCCCAAUGUUGUUAAAAGUUUUAGGUGGGCAUUUCAAAGUUUCUGAGUAUUGUAUUGUUGUACAAAUGCUUUGUGCCUUUGUGUGUGGUGUUGUUUCUUUUAUCAAAAGUUGUUUUUGUCCCGUGUAGUUUUAAGAAAAUAUGCUGCUAAGUAAAUGAAACAAUGAUAUUGAAGAGUAAGAAUUUCACUAAAGUGAGAACUUAAACA